ACUGCAGCCCCAGCUGUGUUGUGUUGGUUAUUGUCAGAGACCCAAAGGAAGGGGAAGUUAUGGCAGAUACAAAGGCCAACGCUUCUCAAACAUCUGUGAUGUGUAAUUUAGCCAUUCUGUUACAAGUGCCCUUAGUACCUCUGCUGGACUGUUAGCUGCUGUAUAGGAGGCACGGGAACACUUCAGCAGCUCUUUCUGUCUUUUACUGGCUGUACUCGCCCUGGUGUCCCACAAUGCUGAGUGCGCAAACCUCAGCUUGUCAGCAAGAUCAACCUGUGCUCUAGCAGUGGUGCGUUGGCUGCCCUUCACUGAUUUGAUCCAGUCCCAUCUGAUUGGGUUUGUCCAGGCUGUCUUCUCUUUUUGGUCCAACAGCAACACUUCAUUCAGUAGCCAUAAUGUCCAGACCUGUAGACCUUCCAGCCCUGGAAGCAGGUCCAGGUGCUUCAGAGGGACUCCUCGGGGGAAUGUCCAUCCCUAUAGGGAUGACCCGUCGAGCUCUCAGCUAUGACGAUAAUCUUGAGCGCCCUAUGUCUCCACCUCCAUCUGACAUUAAUAUUAACAACCUGUGGAGGCGACCUGUUAUACCUGAGAGGAAGUUUGCACGACUUGCUGAGGAGGAUGAGUCAGAAGGAGGGGUAAAACAAAGUGCUACCUUUGAAUCCACUAAACCUCCAGUCCCUGUGGUGAAAGCCAAAGCCUCGUCUGUCAUGAAUUCCCUCAUCAUUAAGCAGACCCAGGAGAGCAUGCACAAGUUUGAGAAGCAGGCAGGACUGACUGAUACAGGCUACACUCCUCACAAAGGCUUGAAUGCAGAGGAGACCCGCUACCAUCGUCUGGCAGAGUCAAUGCAUAAGCUUCAAAUGCAAAGCGUAGAUGCCAAAGAAGAGAAACAGCCAUCGUCUGGUCAGUCGACGCCUGCCGGGACCCCUCAGUCCUCACCCAAGCAGAGACGCAGGGGAUGGUUCAGCAGUCAGGGCUCCACCGCUUCUCUCACAGGCUCUGAGAUGAGCACCAGUUCCAGCUCCAGUAUAGAUCUGGCUUCCAGUGAUGGACCUGUAGAACGCUGGGGCGCUUUUGGACCACGACCUCAAGUCAGCAAGUCCACAACUGACCCAGGUACAGAUCCAGCCAUAACAGGGGGCUUUGCCCUGCAGUCUUACAAGGGAGCUCAGAAACCCACCCCUAUGGAAGUGAUGAAAGCCCAGGCCACCCGCUUGGCCGAGGACCCCACCAACUUCAAAGCUCCCCCCAAGAUGGAGAUCCCAACCAUGGAGGGGAAGAGACAGAUGACCCGACCUCACAAACUCAAACACCGGGACAUGAACGUCCUGACACCCUCUGGAUUCUGAGAGAACUCCCUACAUCCACCUCAGCUGUACACGUAGUGAACCCGUAGCUGGUCUACCCUUUCUCUUAUUCCCUUGUGCUGUCUUGCUGUUGGGCCACUGCAGUAGUAAUUGCUUUUCCCUAUCACAGACUCAUCCUUUUGCUAGUGUCUAAGUAAAUGUUCGUCCUCAGUUGUUGCGUGAGUGCGUAGCAGCAUUUUUGUUGGUGCUGUCUUUUGUUAGCCUCUUCCAUGCUUUGCCUUUUAAUUUUUCCUUAAAAGUGUUUCUUUAAGUUAGUAUGUGUGAGAGUGUGCGUGCCUUGAUGUUUUUGGAUAUACCGUGGUGUAAUUAUUCAUGGCUUGACUAUGAACAAAAGCAGUGUUUUUAUGUGUUGGGUUUUUCAUUCCAUCACAUAGCAAGUUAGAAAACUGUCUAGAGCAAUUGUGAUAUAUUUAGAAAUUAUGUUGUGAUUUCCUGUGUAACAUCGUCAAUACACAAUGGGUUCAGUGAUAACUUAAUUCUUUAAGUCUUUGCUGUUGUGUAUUAUGACGUUUAGCAUCGUUGUGAUACGGUUGUGUCGAGGACGGUGUGACAGAUGACAAGGGCACUAAAAUUUACUGAAAAAUUGGCUAAAAAACUUUGGCUGAAAUUUCAUUUAAUGUAACAGCUCUGGACAGAGAAUUUCUUAUAUUUUUGUUACAAGUUUAAAAUUGUUUCAAUUUCUCAAAAGGUCAAAUGUAUUUGCUUUGAUCUCGUUGGAUCUGUUAAUACAUGAAUGAAUAAAUAAAUAAAUGUAC